GUGUAAUACUAAGAUAAAUAUCUGUGAUAUUUACUGUAGUACUAGAGUACUAUACUUUUUAAUAUAAUUGCUGGUUUUAGGAGCGACAGAAACCCAAAUGGAAGUAACAAAAAUAUGCAAAAUUCCCCUUUAAACAUUCUUACGGUCUUAACCCAAAUCUAUUGGUCCAAAAUCAAGCCUUGACCUCCAUAAUCGUCUUAGAGAAGCAAGAAAAGGCGAAAUAUCAGUUUCGUGUUUGCUAUCCUUAGUGGGACCGUUUCGUGAUUAAAAUACAACAAAAGCCCCAUAAGGCGGAGCGGCGGCGGGCUUUAGGACCCAGAGCGUCCAACAGUAAAGAGGAGGAGACAGAGGAAAAGUCGGAGUGACAGGAGAAAGCUGACACAGUAACCGCAGCAUUAAGGAACCACCGCUCCUUUCUGCGAAGAGGAGGAGGGAUACAGCGCACCGGAGAUGUUCAUCUGGGAACGGAGAGCCUCCGACAAACGAUGGGUGAGCAGGUGUGACAUCUCCAUCAUCCAAGCAGCCGAGGAGAUGCCAAUAAGUUUGACUUCCAGCUGCUCAUUCGAGGCUCCCGCACCAACACGUGUACCUGUCCCGCACAUAGACAGUUAAACUAAACGCAUAUUCAGUACGAGGAAGGACAUCUUUCACUCCUGUGGAUGGUUUCAGCAGGGACCUGAAGACCUCACUGUCUUUGUUGGACAGCUGGACGGAGUCUUAAGGAACUGGGUUGUUUUUGUCACUCUGAAGCCAUAAAUCAAAACCAGAUGACUUUUUUUCCUGAAGAACAUCAAGCCAAUGUUCACUACUGGAUUAUACUUCUUUAGCCUUAUUUUUUUCACACCUAAUUGCUAAAAUCUAUUCCCAAAACUAAUCCUGGAUGUGACGUCUUUAUGAAGCGUCAGAAAGUAAAGCUAAGAAAAUAUUUUUUACCGUUUCUGCUGCAGCUAAAGAGAAACAAGGGCGUCUAAUUUAUCAGUAACCAUUAUUGCCACUUUUUGCUGUUUGGGAACAAAAUUUGAGACCUAAGCUUCUCCAAUAAUCCAACACAACUUUCAGGUGCUGGGAUAAAUUCGUCAUGUGCUUUUUUCCUCUGGACCCGGCGCUGAAACAAGAGAAAAAUUAAAGAAUAGGAUUAAAGGUGGAUUAUCACAGCAGCUGCCUCUGCAUAAACCCAUCGAGCCAGCCGGCUUGUAGAUUACGUUUGCCUGUUGAUGCGGCCUCUGGAGCGGUUCGUCUUUAAUGGAGAACAGAGACGAGCUGGAGCACCCCCUGCUGGAAGAAAGCGCCGCCAACAGGCUGCCGUCCGACCAGAACCAGCAGAACCAGGCGCCGGUCGGGCUUUUUAAGGGCAUUCUGGUGAAGUGUGAGGAGGACCGAGCGUAUCCUCCGCUGGGCUGGAGAGGCUACUGCGGCCAUCCUCCGGAGCUGCUGGACGCCUGCGCCCUGCCGCGCAGCCUGGAGUCACUCUACCCGGCCGGGCCACUGUGGGGCCAAGCGGACCUGCUCAGCAAGGAGUACCUGGAGACCACGUUUGUGGACAUCCGGCCCGGUUCGGCGCUGGAGAGGAAGCUGCUGGCCGAGGCGCAGGACUUUCACAGCGCCCCCUACAGUAUGGAUGACGAGGACGACCUGCUUCCUGACUCUGACGACUCGUCUAUUGACGACCUCAGCGAUACGGACAGCGACGGAAACUUUCCCCUGAUGAUCCCUCAGGACUACCUGGGUCUGGCCUUUUUCUCCAUGCUCUGCUGCUUCUGGCCGCUGGGCAUCGCCGCCUUCUACCUUUCUCAGAAGACCAACAAGGCAUCAGCUGAGGGGGAUUUUCAGGGCGCCAACGCAGCGUCCCGCCAGGCCCUGUGGCUCUCCGUGCUCUCCAUUGUGUUUGGCAUCAUAACGUACAUCUGCGCCAUCGCAGCGCUGAUCUCCUACCUGUCUGCAAAGCCAUCAUAAGAGCCGCGGCUCGCACAUAGACGCAGACACACAAAGACACAAAUACUCCAUGAACAUCAACACAUCAUCUGCAAAAUAACGAAUAAACGAAAAGAUUUUAAUCACGUCUCACUGGAACAGGACGAAAUGCAGCCCAGAGGACAUUCCUCCACGUUCAGGCUCGUCUUUCUCACUGAGUUUGACAAAUUUGUGUCACGCUUGUCAUCACAUGUGGAGCUUAAAUUAAAUUUAAAGGUGACCUAUUAUGCUUCUUAGAACAAGCUAGGAUUGGGUGUCCAAAACUGGCUCAUUUAAAUUACAAAAAUUUAUUACAUUUAAUAUGCAAAAAUGAGUUUAUUGUGAUUUUUCUUUUGCUUUAGUUUAACUGCUCAAUAAAAAGUAUUUUUUUAUGAAAACCUUAAAAACAUAUAAAAGGCUACAGAUUGUUGCUUUGUUUAAAAAAAGACACAUUUUUGUCUUCAACAGUUUUAUAUUUUGUUGGUGAAAUUUUUAUCGUAUUGAACUGUGGUCAGGGGUCCAAUCAAAAUCAUUUCAAGGGCCACAAAUGGCCCGCCAGCCACACUUUGGACAUCCCUGGUGUAUGAGCGAUACAAAACAUAUUUAUUACAUUUUUUAGCACAAAUUCAUUCUUGGAUAAUGAGAAUUUGCCUAAAAUACUUGUGUUGAGCGCCAUUCAGAAUGAGCUUUUUUCGGGCCUCUGUCACUUUAAAUCUAAAUAAAUGGUUUAUUUAGCCACGCCCACUAAACUCAACGUUUACACUCGCACGUAAAAAUGGCUGAAAACAGAUGCACAAUUCUACAACGUCUUUAAACUUCAUACGAACGUAUUUUAUGAGUGGUAAACCAAUAGAAAAACACUUUUGCAGCAGUAAUGCCAUAGAUAUAUAUUACUAGAUUGGACAUUGCCUGUUAGCUGAAGCUAGUGAGGUGAACGUUCAGGCGCCAUUAAUACACAUUGAGUCGUGUCCAUAAAACCAUACUGUUUGAAUUGCAGGAUGAGCAGGAAUCUGUCAUAAAAAUAAUUGUAUCUGUCGCCCCUGUUUCUUAUCUAAUUUCUAUAAAAUAUGGUUUAAAUUCAAUCUGAGAGGGUUGCUGAUGUAUAAUAUGUUUUAUACUGUAACACUUUGGUUUUUGUCAAGAUCCAGGAGCAUCUUAAGCAAAUUUCUCUUUUGUAAUGGUCAAUAAUUUAGUUUUACAUUAUUACUGCUGUAUGAGCCGUAGUUUUAGAUUUUAGCAAACUACGGCUCCUAUGCUAUAUGAAAUAUUUCAUCCUGUUUGAUUAUUAUGAGUGUCACCACAUUCUACAAACAAACGAGCACAUAGUCCAGUUUUUGUUGUUUAUUGAUCUUUUAGAAAUCACAGCGGCUCCUGGUGAAAUCAGUUAACCAAACGUGCUGCAGUUCCGUUGGCGUUGCUUGGUAACGGGGCUGGGCUGGCGUUGCUAGGUAACGGCGCAGUUUCCUUUGAUUGUGACUUAAAAAUUUGUAAGUUAUUGAAACGCCUCAUAUUCCAGAGACCAGAAAGCAUUAACUUAUUGUCAGACUACACAAUAAGGUGAUUUUUUUGUUUGUUUGUUUGUUUUUUAAGCACUUUGGCUGUUUUUUUAGAAGCAUUUGAAACCCAAAAUUUUGCAUAAUAGGUCCCCUUUAAGUAAAUGCAGAAUUUUCCACAGUGUGAAUGAAUGACGGAAGAGGCAGGAAGAGUCAAAGUUUGCAAAUUUAUCGGAGUUGGAGGCGAAUCCUGCUGGACUUUCCUCAUCCAGCGCCUGCCAGAAGCGAAGUUUCUUCCUCAAUAUCCCAUCGUGAUUUCACCUGUUGUUUACCUGCAGAGAGGACUGCCUUUUGCUGUGUUUUAAAGCCAAGUUUUAUCUUUAUGAUGAUAAAAACAGAGUGCCAUUAUAUAUGAAAUCGAGAUAUGAAGUUUGGAUAUUUUGAAACGCAUCUGGAAGUUGGAGUGAAGAAAGUGCUGCUGGGAGGAAAAGUGCCAAAAAUAUUGAAGUGACCCGACUGUGAAGAAAAUCUUCCUAAAAUGUAAAUUCACUUUUCUUUUUUUUUCCUGCUAAAAAGGACUAACAUACACAGGAAAAUAGUUUUGUCGGGCUGAAACCAUAAAAACAACAGCAGUGCACAUGUUUAGAUGUAAAAAAAAAAAUAAUAAGGUAAGAAAAAACUGGAAAAGGAAAUGUGACGAGUCAUUGUCUGCAUGGCACUUUUGUGUUUUACAAACAUGUUCGUAGCUUCAUCCGUUUUGUUAUUGGGUCCAAAGUUCUUGAAAGAAAAACUUUGAUAAACCCUAAAAUAAAUCUCUGACCAUAUUGGUUUUAGCAUAGUCAUGUAAAGAAAAUAUCCCAGUAAAAUUAAGGAAGCAUUUCACAUCACAUCUCUGCAACAGGAUGGUACCAGAGAAGUUUGGUUAGUAAAAAAAUACAGAAAUUCGAUCUGAGAAUUGAUCAGAAUCGAUAAAACGGAUCAAAUCAAAACCUUGCCACAUAUUUUUGUCUUGAUUUUAGUGUUUGACUUCGUGUUUACAGACGCAAGCUAGCAAAUAUUGACAAGUGAAACGUUUAUACCACAGGAUUGAAAAAAAGAGCCAAAAACCAAAGACAGUUUUAAAAACAUUUAACAUGUGGUUUUCUGAAACGACUAGUUUAGCAUUCAUGUCUUCAGUCAGAGACUGAAUGAAGCCGUUGUGAUACAGACCACUACAGGAGAUCCUUCUUACCCACAGAAAUCAACAGCAACGCUUUGAAGAAACUUGCAUAAUUUGAGUUGCAAUUUUUAAUUUACCUUUGAGGUUAAUAACGUAUUUGUAAAACUGAAAUGAAAUGAAUAUAGCAGCUUGUUUAGAACAACUGGUGUCUCAAACUCAUCAACCUUAAAAUAAUGAGAAAAAACUGAAUUAAAAUUACCUAAAUGAAGCUCUGAAAUUAAUCUGUCAUUUUAAACUGGUUUAAUCUGAUGCUGCAAAAAUUUAUUAUUUCUCAGGGCUAAUCAAACAUAUUAGGUUUAAUACCUUUGUGAUUGGUAUUUUUACAUCUGCUUACAAAGGAGUAUUGGGAUCAUUAUAGAUAGUAAUAAGAACAGGAAUAAAUUACCAACAAAAAAAACUCAAAUUCUCUUGAAAAAACAAGAAAAUUUGUGUUUGAAAAAUUAAAAAUUUGCUUGUACAAAAACAGAAAUGUUGAAAUGUUUGAAAAGUUGCAAAUUUGCUAGAAAAAAAAUUACAAAUUUUCUAGAACAAUAAAAUUUCAGAUUUUGAAAAUUGCCUAGAAAAAGCUCAUACAUUAUGAGAAUAAACUCAGAAAUUUUCUAUGAAAUUUGCAUUGUCACAAAUUUGCUAGAAAAAAGUCACAUUCACAAAUUUUCUAGGAAAAUCAAGGAAAAGUUGAAAAUUUGUUAGAAAAACAAUCACAUUUCAAAUUUUCUAUAGAAACUUGAAAAUUUCUGAUUUUGAAAAAUCAAAGAUUUGCUUGGGAAAACUCACAUUUUGAGAAUACUCAAAAUAUUUCUAGAAAAAAAUCGUUGAAAUUUCAUGACUUUGAAAAGUUGCAAAUUUGUUAGAAAAAUGUAAAAAAUUUUCUAGAAAAACUUGGAAAUUUCUGAGUUUCUAAAUAAAAAAAUGUCUUGUAAAACUGCAAAUAUUUUCCAAGUUUUCUCAAAAUUUUCUGAGAUUGAUUUCAACAUUUCUGAAUUUUCUGGUGAAGAAAAUGACCCUAAUACGCUGUUGUAGUUUCAUACUUUUUAAAUGGUGCUGAUCAUUUUCUCACUGAUGUUACUGACGGGUACCAGAAAGUAAGAUCCUUUAUUGAGCACUUAAACCACUGGUACCAAAUUGUUGCAGAACUGUGUGGAGUGCUACCAAAAUGUACAAAAUAAUAAUAAAAAAAAGACUGAGAGAGAAAAGCCAAAAUUUUCUAUUUUGCUGUACAGUUUUUAUAGAGUCCACAGCUGACCUAAAAGCAUCAUAAACACUCUUUUUCUGUUGUUUUAGAGUUUAUUAAGGUUGUUAAUGUUGUCACCACACUGUGAGUCUUACCCUCAGAUCCACUGACGUCCUGCACACGGCAUCGCACUCCAACCGACACAAAUCGCCGUUUGUCUCCACACAACAUCUACUAAAAAACAAAAACCGACCAACCCUUUGAUGUUUUCAUGUCUUAGAACAAAGAAAUAAAUGUGCAUCAGUUUGACGGAGCAGCUGCCACGGCUCAGGGUUUUACUCAUUUUGUGUCACUUCUUCUAAUAAUUUUAAAAAGAGUGAAAGGGAGUCGAUAAAUUCAUAUGGUUUCAAUUGCUUUUUUCUUUUUCUGCUGUUUGCAAAACCCACUGUCACCACCAGGGGGAGCCCGAGAGUCAGGGUUUCCAUGACGACGGGCUCACACAGGAGGCAUGAAAUCAUUACAUAUAUUUUAAAUUAAGUUCUUUAUAAAUGACUUUUGAUUGUUUGAAAUUCUAUUUUUGAUUACUUCAUGGGAAAUUAUUGAAUUUAAUGAUACAUUUAAUGAUUUAUUGAUACAUUUAAUGAUUUUAUGAUGCAUUUAAUUCAUUAACCGAAGAUUUGCAUGGUAUAUUUAUUUAACUUUGUGACCCCUUGAUACUCCAUAUGUUCUCAUCUUCUGAUUGUCUAGUUUCUCAGAUUUUGAAAAAAAUCUGAUUUUAUACUACUAAACCACAUUAAUGCUUUCUUUAAACUCCACAAAUAUUUAAGCCUAAAGAUGUUGAGGCUGGUGGACAGUGGGCUAACCAUUCAAACUGUGCUUGCAGGCCUCAGAAAUCCUUGGACCGGCUCCGCUUCCAUGUGUGAAAUAACUGUGAAUAUUUAAGUGGAACAUCAGUGAAUAAAUGCACAUAACUAA